AACAUUCAUACUUGAUCACUUGUUAAAUUUUUUUCUUACAACAACAAUCCCUAAAUUGAUUGUAUAAUUUUGAAUUCUCUUGCUGGUUAAAUUCUUCUCACAGAUUGAUUUCUUAGCCCCUAAAAAGUUUUUGUACAGUAAUGGCUAAUAAAUCGCUUAAACUAGGUUACUGCUUUCUUUAAUUUUAGCAAUGAGUCUCUUAAAAGGCAUAAUUGACUCUUUAGGCUCAGUGUUCUCUUCAUACCAGUCUGAAGAAGGAAAUCCCAGUAACAGCCCUCGAAACAUGGAAGGUGUCGAUGGGAGUCCAGUAACGAAUGAACGUGUUGCAUAUAAGCUCAAAGGAUACUUUGAUUUGGCUAAAGAAGAGAUUGAUAAAGCUGUAAGGGCCGAAGAAUGGGGUUUACCUGAUGAUGCGAUUGUUCAUUACAAGAACGCACAAAGGAUUUUCAUUGAAGGAAACUCCACUUCUGUUCCUUCUUAUAUCAGCUUUAGUGAACAAGAGAAGGUCAAAUCUUAUCGUCAAAAGAUAUCCAAAUGGCAGGGUCAUAUUUCUGAGAGAUUACAAGCAUUAAAUCGGCGAGCAGCCGGCACAUCCUCAAACAAGAACACCUUAACUCAUGCACAUACUGCUGCAGUUUCAUCAUCAAAAUCAAAUUUUAGACAAGAUCUGUCUCAGAAAUCUCCUUGUUCAACUAGAAACACUCCGGUUGUUAGGAAUCAGCCCAAUAAAGCUGCAAAAUCUAAAAUUGCUCAAAAUAUGCCUCAGAAUUCUCCUCGUUCAACUGGAAACACUGCAGUAACCAGGAAUCAGCCUGAUACAGCUGCAAAACCAAAAUCUGCCCAAGAAUCUGGUAAUGGUUAUGAAGCAAAGUUGGUUGAAAUGAUAAAUACUGCAAUAGUGGAUAGAAGUCCUUCUGUUAAAUGGGAUGAUGUUGCUGGUCUUGAGAAGGCAAAACAAAGUUUAAUGGAAAUGGUUAUUUUGCCAACUAAGAGAAGAGAUUUAUUCACUGGGCUUCGUAGGCCAGCUAGAGGUUUGCUUCUCUUUGGUCCACCUGGUAAUGGGAAAACCAUGCUUGCCAAAGCUGUUGCUUCAGAGUCAGAGGCAACAUUCUUUAAUGUCUCAGCAUCCUCCCUAACUUCAAAAUGGGUGGGCGAGGGUGAGAAGCUUGUUCGUACUCUCUUUAUGGUUGCAAUAUCCAGACAGCCAUCAGUAAUUUUCCUGGAUGAAAUUGAUAGUAUCAUGUCAACAAGGUUGACCAAUGAGAACGAUGCAAGCAGAAGGUUGAAGUCUGAGUUUUUAAUCCAAUUUGACGGGGUGACCUCUAAUCCUAAUGAUUUGGUAAUUGUUAUUGGUGCUACCAAUAAGCCACAGGAACUGGAUGAUGCGGUGCUUAGGAGACUGGUGAAGAGAAUAUAUGUACCUCUUCCAGAUAAAAAUAUCAGGUUGCUCCUUUUCAAACACAAACUCAAGGGCCAAGCAUUUUCCUUAUCUGAUGGAGACCUAGAAAGACUUGUCAGAGAAACAGAAGGAUAUUCUGGAAGCGACCUACAAGCUUUGUGUGAAGAAGCUGCAAUGAUGCCAAUUAGAGAACUUGGUCCUAACAUUCUUACUGUUAAGGCGAAUCAGGUGAGACGACUAAGAUAUGAAGACUUUCAGAAGGCAAUGACUGUCAUUAGACCGAGUUUAAGCAAAAGCAAAUGGGAAGAGCUCCAGCGGUGGAAUGAGGAGUUUGGGUCGAAUAAUUAAUUCGCCAUUGCAGUACAAUGCAAUAUGGUUCGCCACUCAUUUAUCAGUUUUUAUUUGUCCAGGAAAAAGGCAAUUUUUACUGCAUUAGUUAGACUAGGAAAUCUUAGUGCAGCUGCAUUAUGUAUAUAGAUUUGCAGUCUGAACUCUUGUGCUGGAUACAAUCCUGUUCGCAGAUAUGCACUUUGGAACGAAACUGUAAAUGAAAGAAAGCAAAUGCUAAUAUACUCAUUAAAAACUCAAACAAAUAAGAUAAAAGCUUUCCAAGGUUUGAUUUGGAGGGUUAGAAAGUUUUAGACUUGGGUACUAGCACUUCUUCCUCCUCCUCCAUUGUAGCUCUUCUCAAAUUUAAAGACAGUAAAAAUGGAUACAGAUACUGUUCUACUUC